UACAUGGGGAGGCGGGACUUUGUGGACCACUCUGACUCGGUUGAUCCUGUUGAUGGUGUGGUGCUAAUCAAUCCAGAGCAACUAAAAGGAAAGAAAGUCUAUGUUAUGUUGUCUUGUACGUUCCGUUACGGGCGCGAUGACAUGGACGUACUGGGGAUGGCAUUUCGGAGGGAUGUUUUCCUAUGCACACGACAGGUUUACCCUCCGCUGCAGGACAGAGAACGCUGCGUUCACACCAGGCUGCAGGAGAGGCUGCUGCACAAGCUUGGGCACAAUGCCUACCCCUUCUUCUUCGAGUUUCCAGAUAACUUGCCAUGCUCCGUGGGUCUGCAACCAGCACCUACUGAUGUAGGAAAGCACUGUGCAGUGGAGUUUGAGGUGAAAGCCUUCUGUGCUGAGAAUCAGGAGGAGAAAUCCCAUAAGAGGAGCUCAGUGCGUUUGGCUAUCAGGAAGGUACAGUAUGCUCCCAACAAGAAGGGUGUGGUUCCUUCCAGCGAGACUGCCUGUGAGUUCAUGAUGUCAGACAGGCCACUGCACAUGCGUGCUACUUUGGAGAAAGAGACAUAUUAUCAUGGGGAGCCCAUCAACAUCACUGUGGACAUUGAUAACGGCUCCAACAAGGAUGUGAAGAGCAUCACAAUCUCAGUGGAGCAGAUAACCAAUGUGGUCCUGUAUUCCAGUGAUAAGUACGUUAAAACUGUGGCAUAUGAGGAAAGCACAGACACUGUGCCAUCAGGAACCAGCCUAAAAAAAGUCUACACCCUCUGCCCGCUAUUGGCUGACAACCGUGAAAGGCGUGGCCUGGCACUGGAUGGGAAGCUAAAGCAUGAGGAUACAAAUCUCGCCUCUUCUAGCAUAGUGAAGGCAGAGGUGUUAAAGGAGAUUCUGGGUAUGCUGGUGUCCUAUAGAGUGGUGGUUAAAGCCACUGCUUCUGGUAUGAUUGGAUCAAGUGAGGUUGCUGUGGAGGUGCCAUUCUUACUUAUGCACCCCAAGCCUGAAGGUGAGCUGGCUGAUGUGGACCUGGUCUUUGAGGACUUCAAGCGCUCGUGCCUGAGGGGCAUCAUCAGCGAUGACGACGAUGACUCCCCCGCUGAACCGUGAGGGACAGCUCAGCACGGACACACACACCCGGCGCUGCACUCGACUCCUGCUUGAGGAGGGUCAUCAGUGCUUAUUAGUCUUCAUAGGAAUAUGCACCGUAAGGGCUUGUAUUCGUAUCGCUAGAGACGACAGCCCUGGGGCUGGAGAACGGCAGGUGUGAAGGUUAACUGGAUGCAUGUGUAGCUGUUUUAAGGCUGAUGUUGCUGAAUGGGAAUUAGGAAGGUAUGCCGGUGUGGAGCUGUCGUUGGCUCAGGCUGGCUGGGUUGAGUAGGAGGGAGCCUCAGGUGGAAGGAUAUGGAUGUGGCUGCUGUAGCGUUUUGCUGAUUAAAGCAUUAAAUA